AUGGCGGAUUCCCAAGGCCCGACGGUCUCGGGCGUUGCCCUCGGCUUUGCAGUCCUGACCUUCAUUGUUCUGUCCUUACGACUGUUUUCGCGAGUGUAUGUACUGAGGAAGAUGGGACCGGAUGAUUAUCUCAUCAUCGGUGCCUGUAUUUUCUCUUGGGCAUUCUCGGCCAUCACAGUCGUGGCCGUGAAAUACGGCCUAGGCUCGCACCUAGAAGAUGUGCCUAAAGAGAACAUGGUGACCUACGCGUUGGCGGUCUGGUUAAGUUCGAUGUUUUAUCUCACAACCCUCGGCUUCAUCAAGUCGUCCGUCUGCGUCUUCUACACCCGGUUGGGUGAUCGACUGCUCACGCGGUUAUCAUUGAUCAUGCUCGGUAUUGUCGCAUCGCAGGCAACUUCGUUCGUCUUGGUCGCCGCAUUCCAAUGUCAGCCCAUCGACAAGGCGUGGGCGUCAACCAAACCGGGAAAAUGCGUCAACAUCAACAUAUUCUAUCUCGCCAACGCCGCCCUCAACAUCCUGACCGAUCUGAUGACCUACACGCUGCCUCUUGGGGUUAUUUUCAAACUGCAGAUGCCCGUCAAGCAGAAGGUUGCCCUUGGUAUGAUCUUGUGCCUGGGUCUGUUUGCCUGCGUCUCCUCCAUCAUUCGCAUCACCUACAUCCCAGAAAUGCUCCGGUCAUCGGACGCGACGUACGCCAUCAGCGGCGCGAUGUACUGGUCCGUGAUCGAAAUUAAUGUCGGCAUCUUCGCCUCCUCGAUUCCCUCCUUCAAAGCCAUCGCUUCUCGAUUCCUCCCUCGCCUGGUUGGCGAAUACUCCAGCAACAAAGGCUAUGGCACGUGGUCUGGCUCGAAUGGCCGGAAGUACGGGUCUGGCUUUUCCAAAGUGCGCGACCAGGUUAUCAAUAUCGGUCCGCUUCGAGGCGCGGAAUCGGACCGUGUCGUUGGCACUGAGAUCCAUAGUGGAUUCACGCGAACGGGCAGCGAGGACCGGAUUAUUAUCCCCGAUGGCAAAAUCUUGACCCAUACAGAGAUCGAGACGAAUGUCGAAGAGUGCACUGAUUUCCAGCGCGGUUCGUAUGAUCGACGCCCAUAA